CGUAUAGUGGAGUAAGUCUUAUUAUGUGCAGAGUCAUCUGCUCCUUCCUGGAUUCUUGAAAUUCUCUACUCAGUCUAACACUUUUCCAAUUUCGAAAACCCUUUCUUGUUCCAUUGUCUUUGCUCGCUCUCAUGUAACCAAAUCAUCAUCAUCAUCAUCAUCGUCGUCGUCAUCAAUGCCUCAAUCUCAGAUUGGAUAUUUGGUUCCGCUAACUCAAAAUCUAGACCAAGAAGACACUUCAAUCCCAAAGCUCUCUCUCUCCAAAGGCCCAAAUGUCAUUGGCCGCCACAAUGUUCCCAUUUCAGACAAGAGGCUCAGCCGCAAGCACCUCACUGUAACCGUUUCCACCACCGCUUCUGCCAAUUUGUUUGUGGAGGGUUCGAAUCCCAUUGUGGUUAAUUCUGGGAAUAAGAGAAAGAAGCUGUAUUCUCAAGAAAGCACUACCAUUGUUGAUGGUGAUGUUGUGGAGCUUAUUCCUGGGCAUCAUUUUUUCAAGUAUGUGACAUGGGCUGGUGACAAAGGAGAGGAACCAAGUUUAAAGAGGUCGCGUCAAACAUUUGACAAUGUAGCUUUGACAACAAAGUCACAGGAUGAGGUGAAAAAGAAAAGCUUAGGACAAGGGAGUGGCGUGGAGGUUGAAAAUUAUGGGAAGUACAAUUCUAAGGGAGAGAGUAGGGAGGAGGCUAUCCGUGAUUUUCGUGUUUCUAAUGACAAGUUACCUUGGACAUUUCGACUUUUGCGAGUGAGAGAGCUGCCAGCUUGGUCGAAUACCUCUUGUGUUUCUAUUGGGGAUGUGAUUCAGGGGGAUGUUCUCGUUGCAAUCGUUUCAAAUUAUAUGGUAGACAUUGAUUGGUUGUUACCAGCAUGUCCAACACUUGCAAAAACCCCUCACGUGUUGGUUCUUCAUGGGGAAGGUGAUGGCACAUUGGAUCACAUGAAGAGAAAGAAGCCGGCAAAUUGGAUUCUGCAUAAACCCCCCUUACCUAUUUCAUUUGGGACACACCAUUCGAAGGCCAUGCUUCUUGUAUAUCCUCGGGGAGUGAGGAUUAUUGUACAUACAGCAAAUUUAAUAUAUGUAGAUUGGAACAACAAAAGCCAAGGUUUGUGGAUGCAAGAUUUCCCCUGGAAAGAUCAAAAUAGUCCAAGCAAAAGAUGUGGAUUUGAAAAUGACUUGAUUGAUUAUCUCAGUGCCUUGAAGUGGCCUGAAUUCUCUGUUAAAUUACCAGCACUUGGAAACUUCAAUAUCAAUCCAGCUUUCUUCAAGAAGUUUGAUUAUAGUGAUGCAGCGGUCAGAUUGAUUGCUUCUGUCCCUGGAUAUCAUACUGGUACCAAUUUGAAGAAGUGGGGUCAUAUGAAGCUACGAACUGUUCUCCAGGAAUGUACUUUUGAUAAAGAUUUUAAAAAUUCCCCACUUGCUUAUCAGUUCUCUUCCCUUGGUUCUUUGGAUGAGAAGUGGCUGGCUGAGCUGACUUAUUCAAUGUCAUCAGGCUUCUCAGAAGAUAAAACACCUCUUGGUCUUGGACAACCACGUAUUAUAUGGCCCACUGUGGAAGAUGUCAGAUGCUCUUUAGAGGGUUAUGCAGCUGGCAAUGCCAUUCCAAGUCCACUAAAGAACGUGGAGAAAGAAUUCUUGAAGAAGUAUUGGGCAAAGUGGAAGGCAAGCCACACUGGUCGCUGUCGUGCAAUGCCACAUAUAAAGACAUUCACCCGGUAUAAUGUUUUCUGCAACAGUUGGUUAUUGUUGACUUCAUCAAAUCUUAGCAAAGCUGCCUGGGGAGCUCUCCAGAAAAAUAAUUCUCAGUUGAUGAUCCGUUCUUAUGAGCUGGGAGUGCUAUUUUUGCCAUCUUCUUUUGAAAGAUAUGGUUCUGGAUUUUCUUGUACAAGUAAUGGGGAUAUAAAGGAGGAUAAAUGCAGAUCAUUAGAAAAUUCUGAAGUACGGAGAACGAAACUAGUGACUCUGACUUGGCAAGGAAGCAGAAAUGCAGACUCUUCAUCUGAUGUAAUUCCAUUACCUGUGCCUUACGAGCUCCCUCCUCAACCAUAUACUUCUGAAGAUGUACCCUGGUCUUGGGAUCGGCGAUAUACCAAGAAAGAUGUUUAUGGUCAAGUUUGGCCACGACAAGUACAGCUUUAUACUUUCCAAGAUUCCUGACAUUCUUAAUGUAUAUAUACUAAAAUUCCUUCAUUACUGGGUGCUCUUAUUUUUCUUCACAUAUUUUCUUUACUGUGAAUAUUAAAUGCGGUCUAGUUGCAUGCC